AUGCCAAAGUUUUACAACCAGGAUCACGUCGUCUUUUGCGGCACCAAGUCUGCUAUUUCUAGUUCUUUUGAUUUUUAUAGAAAGAAAAUUACUGUCACUGUUGAACAAACCAGCCCAUCUAAUACCCAAGUUGAGAAGUCCCUUGAUAUCAGCUUGACAGAUGAUAGUGAUAUGUACUUCUUAUUCACCACGAAGAUUUUUGCUUCUGACUUCCAGAAAUUGAAGGAGCAGCAAGGCUUGAUUGUUGAAUACAAUGCAUUCGGACAAAUGCUUGCUGACCUGCUCACCAAAUGUCUAACAGAAGAAAGCAACAACUCACCUAGAUAUAUUUUGCAAUUUUCCGAAACGCUCGAGCCUCAUAUGCUUGAGAUUGUGGAAACAACAGAUUUUCGGCGUUUAACACACCUGGCGAUCAAUUUUACCGCAGCUUCUGAUGAAACUCUUAAAGCUUAUCUUGUUUCGUACAUCAAAAGAUUCAAGGCUGAUCACGAGCUAACUUUGGAAAAAUUUCGGCAUGCAGAGUCCAUCCUCAGUCAGCAACUUGCUUCCUCAUCUCAGAUGUCGAAUGAGCUUAAAAAUAAAUUAGAAUACAUGAAGGAAAGUUGCCAAAGAGAAGUGUCUGACUUAAAAAAACAGUACGAGUCACAAAUGGAGCAACUAACGUCUUCAAACUACAAGACGAUUGAAUUGUUAAAGUCUAAGCAUUCUUCUGAACUAAAAACCCUUCAGGAAGCCCACAAGGAUGAAAUCUCUUGUCUUCGUUCAAAACUUGAGUCGCAGGCAUCUCUUUUGGCGACAAAUAAUAUUUGUGAAGAUGAGCUGAAGUCCCAGAUCACUGCACUUUCAAAAACUUUAAAGGAGUCCGAGUCCACUCUUAAUAGCGUUCAGAGCGAAAAUGAUGCUCAGAAAUCGGAAAUUCUCUCCUUGAAAGUCAAAAUCGAGCAGCUUCAAUCAAAUGUUUCUCAGGUGACAGCCAAGCACGACAGCAUGGAAUCCAUGUUUGCCAUAGAACAACGCAGAGCCAGCUCUUUUGAGUCGGAGUGUGGUGCUCUAAGGCAUCAGUUGAGAGGGAUUCAAGAGGACCUUCAGAAAAAAGUGAAGCAGGUGGAGAAGCUGGAGAGACUCAUGAAGCAGCAGGCCUGUGAAGUCACAAAGGCGAAUGGUAUCAUCAAGCAACUACAAAAGGAAUUGAAAGUCACGCAGAACAAGACGAGUGCUAAGGACGAUUUCUUUUCCCUCAAGGCAAAACUACGCGGUCAGGUUGCAACGGAACAAGAGAAGGUGCUAACUGCAAAGGAAUCUGAGCUGGAGGAGGUACAGACAGCACUGCAGGAUCUGCGCGAUCGCCUGCAAGCCGAAGAGGGACGACGUGAGCAGGGCGAGAUCCAAAUCAGUCGGCUGCAGGCUUCCCUCGAGGAGGCCAAAAAGACCAUUGAAAAUAAUGAAAAUAUAAUCUCCUGGUUGAAUCGCCAAAUCUCUGAGUCCUACACGCGGUCCUGGCAACAGCGGCUUAAGUCGACGGGGAUCACGGUGAUGCCCUCCUAUAUGGCCGAUAAGCAACCACCGCUCCCGACACUACUGCCUUCGCAAUUUUCGCUCAACAGCAAGACCAAAAAUGAGAGCCUUUCUGGUGGCCUAAAACCUAUCACUGGUCCUUCUGCUACCUCACCUUCCCCGUACCAUCCUCUAACUUCAUCUCCUGACUUUGCAACGGGUUUAGCCACUAGUGUUACUUCUGCAAUGGGGGGUGCUGGAUCAGUCACCUUGACAACUAGUGGAGCAGGACUUGGGCCAAGAGCCUACGGCGCCAGCCCUGCCCCCUUGUGCCGCACCGGCAAGGAGAAUUGUUUGCGAAGUGGGUCUUCCAUCACUGCUCCCAGUGUCGUCACCGCUACUAACAGCAAUACAGUAGCAAUGGUGCCUACUGCUGUAGCAUCGGUCCCGAGUACGUUGAAUGGCAUCACCUCGGAGAUGGCGGGUCUAUCUGUUCGUCCACCGCAAACUCUGCUGUUGACACGGCAGCAGCAACCUCUCCACCCCGACGCCAAGCCUCUGGUGAAUGGCACCUCGGUGACAAGCGAAUGCGAAAGUAGUUUGAGUCGACCGCCUCAAUCCGAUCAACACCAACUUUCCUCCUUGCUAUCUGCCUACUUCCCCCAAGCAGCUGGACCUAGCUAG